AUGGAUGGGGGAAUGAUGGGAACCGAUAGGGGCAGCACAUCCCCACCCAGCCUGGGCGAGGUGGAUGUAGAUGAAGUGAACACCUCACUCCCACCACCAUCUCACUCCCACCACCAUCUCACUCCCACCACCAUCUCACUCCCACCACCAUCUCACUCCCACCACCAUCUCACUCCCACCACCAUCUCACUCCCACCACCCUCUCACUCCCACCACCAUCUCACUCCCACCACCCUCUCACUCCCACCAUCUCACUCCCACCACCUCCUCACUCCCACCACCUCAUCACUCCCACCACCAUCUCACUCCCACCACCAUCUCACUCCCACCACCUCCUCACUCCCACCACCAUCUCACUCCCACCACCAUCUCACUCCCACCACCAUCUCACUCCCACCACCUCCUCACUCCCACCACCCUCUCACUCACACCACCUCCGCACUCCCACCACCUCCUCACUCCCACCACCUCCUCACUCCCACCACCUCCUCACUCCCACCACCUCCUCACUCCCACCUCCUCCUCACUCCCCACCUCCUCACUCCCACCACCUCCUCACUCCCACCACCUCGUCACUCCCACCACCUCCCUCUGGUGGGGGUGGAGGAGGGGUGGAGGGGGGGGGGGGGGGGGGGGGGGGGGGGGGGGGGGGUCCUGGAAAUAGAGGGUCGCUUUGGACCAUAA